AUGGAUCGAGCAGCUCUCGGGCUGAUUCUGUUGGGUGUUUUUCUCAUCUCAGCCACUUCUCAUCCUGUUAAGAAGAAUGUGGAUAUUUUGGGUUUAUACAUUUUCUCCACGGUCACCAGUCGCUACGCCACAACAGUCAUCACAAGCCGUGUUGCAAACACACUGAAUGAAUCUCAAGGGAUCCAGUUUGAGGUCAAGAUUCCCAAGAAUGCCUUCAUCAGCAAAUUCAGAAUGGUUAUAGAGGGAACAACAUAUGAUGGGGUUGUUAAAGGAAAAGAAGAAGCUCAGCAGCAAUACAAUCAAGCAGUAUCUCGAGGACAAAGCGCUGGACUUGUCAAAUCUGUUGGAAGGACUUUAGAGGACUUUAAAACUUCAGUGACGGUGGCUGCUUUUAGUAAAGUGACCUUUGAGUUGACCUACGAGGAACUGCUAAAGCGCCGCCUCGGCAAAUAUGAGCUACUCAUCAAUGCCCAACCGAUGCAGCCGGUGGCUGACUUCAAGAUGGAUGUGCACAUCCAAGAGAAACCAGGAAUUUCCUUCUUGGAGGUGAAAGGAGAUUUGAGCACCGGUGAUCUGGCCAAUGCCAUCAAAAUCACCAGAGCAGACAAAGAUGCAUGGGUGACCUUCUACCCCACACGAGAUCAACAGACCACGUGUAGAAGCUGUGGAGAAAAUGGGUUGAAUGGAGACCUGCUUAUUACAUAUGAUGUUGAGAGACAAAAUCCCCAAGGAGAAGUUGUGGUAUCAAAUGGCUAUUUCGUCCACUACUUUGCACCCUCUGAUGUUUCACGUAUUCCCAAAAAUGUGGUGUUUAUCAUUGACCGAAGUGGCUCUAUGCACGGCAAAAAAAUAGACCAGACUCGUUUGGCACUGCUAAGGAUUUUGAGUGAUCUUGAUGAGGACGACCACUUUGGAUUGAUCACAUUUGACAGUGAGGUUAGCUUAUGGAAGCGUGAACUCCUCAAAGCUACUGAGACAAACCUGGAGAAUGCGAAAUCUUUUGUGAAGGAGAUCAGAGAUAGAGGAGCCACAGACAUAAACGCUGCAGUUCUAGAAGGAGUGGACAUGAUCAGUCGACAUCCACGAGAGGGAACAGCCUCCAUCCUGAUCCUGCUGACUGAUGGAGAUCCCACUUCAGGUGAAACCAACAUGGAGAAGAUAAUGGCCAAUGUGAAAGAAGCCAUUGGGACAAAGUUUCCCCUCUAUUGUCUUGGUUUUGGAUAUGAUGUAAAUUUUGACUUCCUGACAAAGAUGUCUCUGGAAAAUGGUGGAGUUGCUCGCAGGAUUUAUGAAUAUUCGGACGCUGAUCUACAGCUGCAGGGCUUCUAUGAUGAAGUUGCUGUCCCUCUCCUCAGUGAUAUUCAACUUAAAUACCCAGGAGGGACAAAACUUACCAAGACCAGCUUUAGCUUGUACUUCAAUGGCUCUGAGAUUGUGGUGUCGGGACAAAUCACAGACAACAGUGUGGAGAGUUUCACCACUGAAGUCAUCGCAGUAUCAAAAGGCAGUAAUGUGACGUAUCAGGACACUAUAAUGACAAAAGACCCCAGAGAUGUCCCUCCUGAGAAUGAAGAUUUCAUGCAGAGAUUGUGGGCCUACCUUACAGUGAAGCAGCUUCUAGAGAGACAGGUGCUUCUUAAAGGACAAGAGAAAGAGGAUGAAAUGAAAGAAGCUCUUAAACUCUCCCUAAAAUACCAGUUUGUCACUCCACUCACUUCUAUGGUUGUUACUAAGCCACAGGAAGAAGAAAUAGAAGUUGCUGAGAAACCCAAAGAGGAAGGAAGGCAACAUACUGAUGAUGAUAUAGUUUCUGUUUACCACGAUAUGCGUAAGUUAUUCUAUUUACAGUAUUUACUGUUUUUAACGUAUGCAUUUGAUCUCAGACUCAUAAGUAAACCAUAUAUACGUCAUUGUGGGCUACAAAAUCCGAAUAAUAAUUUGGUGAUAUUUUAUUUAUUUAUUUUAUCUGUGUUUAUUUUUUUAACAAUGGACAUCACAGCUGUGGAAUACUCCGAUUAUUAUGAUCCAGUUAUUGAUGUACAGGAUACAUACAUCUCCCCAACUGAAACAAUGUUUACACCUCUUUUGUAUACAACUACUUCCCCUGCUGUGCAAGUCAAUCGUUUCCUGCUGGCUGUUGCUGGUCAGUCUAAGCCACUUUGUUUUGAUAUUCCUGUUCCUCACAAACUCAGACUCCUACAGGAUUCAGCAUCAGAGUUCUCUAUGAACGGAGAGUCUUUGAGUGAACAGAAUGGAUUCCAUCAAAUUGCUUUUCAUUACAAAACCAACCAUCACUUGAUAAUAAAGACAAAGUCUAUCAGUUACCGUAAUGGCCAGGACAAUGUUGAGUUUUUGUGGGGCCAGGAACCAACCCAAUACAAUACAGAUAGUGUGUCUCUGGUUGUUCUGGAAAAUGAAAUGAAUGUUACCAUGGGAAAUAUUGGUGUUGUUAUUCUUUCUCAUAAGAAAGAUGGGGUCAAGUUUUUGUGGCCUGCCAUUUGGCAAUAUUCAAAAGAUGCCAACCUGACAGGUGUUUUAGGAAAGGCUGAUAUUUCAUAUGAGGAGACUGAAGGAUCACAAACACCAACUCUAAAGAUAAAGGACAAGGAGAUGAAGACGUCUUUGGAGACUGUCAGCGAUUACAGAUUGCAUUCAACUCCUGUUCGAGAAUGCUGGCUUGGCUUCCAGGCUCUGAUGGAGGCAGAGAUUUCUGAUUUCACUGUCACUCAGCUGUAGAGCAGACAAACAGCGUUUCCUAUUAUUUUAACCACAAAGAGAUUUGCAAAUUGAUCUAAUAUUUCUUUAGGUGUGAUCUUUAAAACAGGGGUUUCACAUAAAAGAAAAAUUUGGGUUUUCUGAAAGAAUUUCAGUGAUCAGUUCUUAAAAGACACUUUUUUUUUCUUAGUGUGAAGAACAUGUUAAUAAUUGGAAGAAACUUUUUCCAUAAUAAAAGGGAUACUGACCCUCAAGC